AUGGGACGCAUCACUAUUUUUACGGCAACCCACUGCUUGUUCAGUCUGCAAGUCAAGCAUGAGCUGACAAAGCGAAAUCUUCCUUUCAGUGAGGUUAACUUGACCGAGUAUCCCGAGAAGAGAUCAGACGUCUUUAUGCUCACCAGACGCAUGACAACUCCCCAAGUCUUCUUCAACACUCGGUAUAUUGGAGGGUGUGACGCCACACUGCAGCUGCUAGACGAGUGGGACCAUGACACACGCCAUGCUAGUCCUCUUAAAAAGUACAAAUCUCAGAUUGCACGGUUUCCAGAUCCAUCCAACCCUCACUUGGCACUGCCCGAAUCUCAAUCGAUGGAAGAGACUUCCAGCUCAGAGUCUUCGUCCUUGGCGGCUCUACCCCUCGAUUCUCCAUCCGUAACCCUGGAGUUGAGCGAUGGAACAGCCAGAACAUAUACCGUUUCCGAUCUCAUCGAGGAGCUUUCCGAGGUUCUACCUCUGGGUACGUUGUCUUAUCAUUUGACCAGUUACAAGAACAGCGUGACUGGUACUGCAGCCGUGGCUGCCUUGAUGAAGCACUUCCAAACAGAGACCAGGGAAGAGGCAGAGGAUAUCGGCAAGCAACUCGGCCAACACAACAUUAUCCAUCAUGUUUGCUUCGAGCACAGAUUUCAAGACACAAAAGCCUACUUUUAUAGGCUCCAGGCGCACCAAACGCCGCACAUCCUCAAUUCCUUGUAUUUGGUCAGCGAUGAGGAAAUGCAUUGGGACAAUGCACGAGCAGAGGCUCUCGUGGAACGUCUCGAGGUGCUCGUGGGACGACUAGAACGAGAAUGCUAUGCUCUGGAGGAUGGAGGCGGGAUCCGGUAUAGCGAAGGUAUCAAACAAAAGAGCCUGUUUCGAGAACUGGAGGAGGGCAUCUGUCUUUUUCAAGCAGUUGAAUUCGACACCAUGAAGCCCAAGGAACUCUUGGCGUGGGGCUUGAAUGUAUACAACAUCAUGCUCAAGAUCGCCCUUUUCAAGCGUGGCAUUCCAAAGAAGGAAUCUACACAGCAAAUUUUUCUACGCG